AGCUUCCACGGGAGGAUCUGGGCACAGCGGAGCGCGACUUCUGCCCCGGGGACGCUUCAGCAGAGGAAACCGCCAGGUGCGGCCACGAGUGGGGUUUCCGUGCCGUGGGGCGGGAGAGCGCUCCACGCCGCCGCCUCCAGCUUCCAGGAGCCUCCUCUCCUGCUUUUGCGAAGGUACCAGAUGAAAAGGCUGCCCUUCUCCCGAGUGUCUGACGGCGAUGUGGCUUUCUUUGAGCGCCUGAUGCCAGGUAGAGUCAUCACAAACCCAGAAGAGCUGAAACCAUUUAACGUGGACUGGCUUAAAUCAGUCCGAGGCUCUAGCAAGCUGAUGUUGAAGCCGCAGACGACAGCAGAGGUGUCUCAAGCUCUCAGGUACUGCUAUGAGAGGAACCUGGCAGUGAACCCCCAGGGGGGUAACACAGGCCUUGUUGGGGGCAGCGUUCCUGUCUUUGAUGAGAUCAUUCUCUCCACUGUUCUCAUGAACCGGAUCAUCAGCUUUGAGAAGGUGUCUGGAAUCCUUGUGUGCCAAGCUGGCUGCAUCUUAGAGAAACUCAACGAGUACUUGGAGGAGCAGGGGUUUAUCAUGCCGCUUGACUUGGGAGCGAAAGGUAGCUGUCACAUCGGUGGUAAUGUGGCCACAAAUGCUGGAGGCUUACGGCUCUUGAGAUACGGCUCUCUCCGAGGGACAGUGCUAGGACUGGAAGUGGUGCUGGCUGAUGGCUCAGCUCUGGACUGCUUGGCGUCUCUGCGCAAAGAUAACACCGGCUAUGAUUUGAAGCAGCUUUUCAUCGGAUCCGAGGGGACCUUGGGAGUUAUCACUGCUGUCUCUGUACUCUGCCCUCAGAAACCUAAGGCUGUGAAUCUGGCAUUCCUAGGGUGUCAGAGUUUUGCUAAGGUUCUGGAAACAUUUACAACCUGCAGAGCCAUGCUGGGAGAGAUCCUGUCUGCCUAUGAGUUCAUGGAUGAGAAGUGCAUGGAAUUGGUUGAGAGACAUCUCAAGCUGUCCAGCCCAGUGACAGGCAGCCCUUUUUAUGUUGUAAUUGAAACCUCAGGCUCCAACUCUACCCAUGAUGAAGAAAAAUUGAACAACUUCCUAGAACAGGCCAUGACUUCUGGUUUGGUCACUGAUGGAACUGUGGCAACGGAUGAUAAGAAAAUAAAGAUGCUGUGGAGCCUGCGGGAGAGGAUCACAGAGGCCCUCACUCACGAUGGCUAUGUCUACAAAUACGACAUCUCUCUCCCUGUGGGAAAGCUGUAUGAUCUCGUGACUGACAUGAGGGCUCGGCUGGGCCAGAGUGCCAAAAAUGUGGUGGGCUACGGCCACUUGGGAGACGGAAACUUGCACUUGAACAUCACGGCGGAGUCCUAUAGCCAUUCCCUGCUGGAUGCCAUUGAGCCAUUUGUGUAUGAGUGGACUGCAAGAUACAACGGCAGUAUCAGUGCAGAGCACGGACUGGGCUUCAAGAAAAAGCAGUUCAUUCAGUACAGCAAACCCAAUGAGGCCGUCUUUCUAAUGCAGCGUUUCAAGGCCAUGUUAGACCCCAAAGGGAUCCUCAAUCCGUACAAGACGCUGCCCUCCAGUUCCUGA